GCGUAGCUUCGACCAACGCAUCAUACUUCAGUGUAGGAUCGAACAAGUGAUCGGCAAAUCUGCAAAUUGUCCGUAUCGUUCCAAUCGGCUAUCGUGUUUGACUAAAACAAGCUAAGAUAUGUCGUCGUACAAGUUGACUUAUUUCGACUUCACGGGGCUUGGAGAACCCAUAAGAUAUAUGUUGAGUUAUGCUGGCAUCAAAUUCGAAGACUUCCGUAUCACUUUAGAAGAAUGGCCGAAGCAUAAACAUCAGAUGCCUAUGGAACAACUUCCGGUACUGGAAAUCGAUGGGAAAGAGUAUCACCAGUCGAUGCCGCUCGGCCGAUUUCUCGCUAAAAAAUCUAAUGUCUAUAGUACCGACGAUUUAGAAGCGCUGCAAAUCGAUGCUGCUGUCAGUUGCAUCAAUGAUCUACGCCAAGCGUUAGCCAACUAUUUUUGGAGCGACGAACCGGAGCGGAAGGAAAAGCUGAAGGCAGAAGCGGAAAAGCGGUUGACGUUUUUCCUUGGCAAGUUCGAAUCAUGGUUGCAAAGUAACGGCGGUCAUUUUGUCGGUAACAAGGUGACGUGGGCGGACAUCAAUUACGUGUCAUUGCACGAUUACUUUUGCGCGAUGCUCGAAAGGGAUAUCGUGGAGGGAUAUCCGAACUUGAAAAAACUUGUGAACGAAAUUAAUAGCAUACCCAAUAUCAAAGCUUACCUGGAAAAGCGUCCAAAAACCAGAUUUGACGAUGUUCAAGGAUUGCCAUACAGUAUUAUAAUCAAUACUUCGCACUGGCUAAAAAUACUAAUCACUAUUGACCAGCCCAGUGAAUACCAGUCACCUAUAGAAACACACCGGUUUGAACGAAGGAAAUUUUUCAAGAUGUCAACUUACAAAUUAACUUAUUUCAACUUCACCGGACUCGGUGAACCCAUAAGAUUUCUACUCAAUUACGGCGGUGUAGACUUUGAGGACAUACGUUUGGAGAAAGAUAAUUUCCCGGCUGUGAAAUCACAAUUUCCACUGCAACAAUUACCAGUACUUGAAAUCGAUGGAAAAGUAUAUUGUCAGUCUAUGGCGAUAAUUCGUCUUCUUGCCAAGAAAUUUAACUUGUUCGGCAGCGAUCCAUUCGAAACGUACGAAAUCGACGCGGCACUUGAAACCAUCACCGAUGUGAGAAUGACUUUGAUGUUCUGGCUAAGGACUACCGACGAGGCAGCAAAGGCUGCUCAAGAAAACGAGAUAUUGCAGAAGGCUGCGGUUUACCUCCGCAAACUCGACUCUGGAGUUAAAAAUGGACACUUGGCUGGCGGCAAGUUAUCUGCAGCGGAUAUCGUCUGGGCUUCGUACUCUCCGAUGUUUAAUUAUUACUUUGCAAAAUUCAUAAACGACGAAUAUUCGAAUUUAAAAAAGGUCGUCGCUACUGUCGAGGCUCUGCCUUCCAUCAAAUCAUACCUGGCUAAACGUCCGAAGACGGAAUUCUGAGUUGGAUUGAAAAACACUAUGAAUUGAAUGUAACAAUUGCACGUGUGUUGAAUCCACGAACAAAUCGAUCGCUUUUGGAGCGAUUUUUCUCUGCGUUGUACCACGAGAUUUGAGAGCUGCUUUGCCAUACAUGUAAUAUAUGUGGUUGUUGUGCCUUCGUCUAUUUUAUAUUAAAUAAAGAAAAAUUCUCAAUU